AUGGCUAAAGCUCGGCGCCAGACCUUGCCCUCGUCUGAGGCCCUUUCACGUGGAACCGGUUGCCAUGCGGGUGCGUGCGGGCAGUACUCCGUACUCCGUACAGUACCGGGUGGUACAUAUCCUGACCUACCAAAGCACACGCUUUGGGAUGAAGGCAUUCAAAUCCGGAAAGAAGUGGUUGGAGCCGAACAUGUUCAAAGAUCACUACAAAACGUCUCAGACUUUGCUCGGCCACUGCAAGAGUUGGUGACCGAAGUGGGCUGGGGCGUUGUAUGGCGGCGUGAGGGUUUGGAACGCAAGACUCGAUCACUUCUCAACAUUGGAAUGUUGUGUGCUCUUAAUCGAAUGGCAGAGCUGGCAGUCCAUGUCAAAGGUGCAAUCAACAAUGGUGCGACCGAGGUUGAAAUCCGAGAGACCUUGAUCCAGGUUGCUGUCUAUUGCGGCAUGCCAGCCGCACUUGAAGGUACCAGAGUGGCUGAAGGAGUGCUCAGAUCGAUGCAGGAAGAAGGCAUAGACAAAAGCAAAAUCGCCAGCACCUAA